UGUGUCGAAAAAGUGACAUUGUAUUUACCUUUAAGUCAAGACUUUUUAAAUUUUAUUUAAUCUUUCAUAAAAAAAUAUAUUAUUCCCAAAUUUGAAAUGACAGCAUUGUUUCACAUUUCAGCGCGUGCGCUCUGAAUGGAGGUCAUUAUGUAACAGACAUAUUUACCCGCGGACAGGGUACAGCAGGAUAAUCUGUAAGGUAUGCUUUUAUAUGAGUUUUAUUUUGUUUUUUUGACGUUUUAGUAUAAAUAUAUCUAUUUUUGUUUGGAUUUGAAGCGGGUCAGCAUCGCGCCAGGGGCUAAUCACAGGUGAACGGAUGGGGGCGGGGUUGUUGGUGUAUGACGUCAGCGGGGACCCAGCGGAAGCUGCGGUAAAUCUGCAGAAAGUUAGGAUUAGAAACUAAAGUCUGGCCGGAUACUAAUGUCACGUUACAGUUUUUUCCGCCACCUUUUAAUUUAAAAAUAUAUUUUCAAGCUUAGAGAACUAAUUUACACCGAGGCGAAUAAUUGAUUGUGUUGUUAUCGGUCACGCGCCCUCACGUGCACAAAGCCUCGCGCGCUUGCAGCUCCAGGACCCAGGCGCCUAAGAAAAAAAAAACGCUCCAUCCACGAGGACGGCGUGUGGGCGCCCGCUCCCGCUUUCUCUACCCCCGGAGGCGCGCGGGGAUGGCUCGGCUGCAGGGUAACCACAAGUGAGCGGGUCAGCGGGAAGGACGCAGGGGGUGGUGGAGGAGGAGGGGGGGUUAGAGCCGCCAGGUCCGGAGCGGAGGAUGCUCGUUUGCCGCAGGCCCCGCGGACGAGAAAUUGGACACCGACUUUCGGCGAAUGGGGUGACCGGGCUGCGUGCUCCGCCGGGGAGGUCCCUGCCUUCGGACGGUACCGGGGAGGGAGCCGCCUGUGCCCGAAUGUAAGGUGAAGGAAGGAGCGGCAAGAGGGAAAAUGCAGACGGAGGAGGAGACGGCCACCGCACGAGAGCCCAUUUUGGAGGAAGGGUCGGGACGAGAGCAGCAAAGGCCGGUCCAACAGUCUCUGGCCUCCUCCCUGUGCAGGGAGUCCCACUGGAAGUGCCUCCUCCUGACCCUCCUCAUGUACGGCUGUUUUGCCACGCUGGCCUGGUGCGCCCUCUGCCGCGUGCCGGUCCUCGGCUCCUCCUCCAUCCCCCUCGGCUCCGACAGCGAGGCCACUUCGGCGGCGUAUUACAACGACAUCCUGCACUUGGAGAGUCCGUGCUCCAGCGGCUACGUCUACAUCCCCCUGGCCUUCCUGGCCAUGCUCUAUGUGGUUUACCUGGUGGAGUGCUGGCACUGCUUCUCCAAGACGGCUUUGCUGGCUCACGCCGAGUUCCAGGAAGUGUUUGAGCGCGUGCAGAGGCUUCAGCAGGCCACUCCCUGUAUUUGGUGGAAGGCCAUCAGCUAUCAUUACGUGAGGAGAACCAGGCAGGUGACUCGAUACCGCAAUGGAGACGCAUACACGACCACGCAGGUCUACCACGAGCGGGUCAACACUCACGCCUCAAGUUCUGAGUUCGACUACGCUCGCUACGGUGUCAAAGACGUGUCCAAAGAGCUGCUGGACCUGCAGCUGCAUCCUGCUGUUCGCCUUCGCUUCACUAAGUGUUUCAGCUUCUCCAGUGCUAGAGCUGAAGCAGCCUACCUCACCCAGCGCGCUCGCUUCUUCGGGGAGAACGAAGGACUGGACGACUACAUGGAGGCCAGGGAAGGAAUGCACCUGAAGAACGUGGACUUCCGAGAGCACAUCCUGGCAUUCCCGGACCCGGCCUGCCCGCCCUGGUUCUCCAGGCACAGGGUGUUCUGGCUGGCCUCGGUGUUCCUCCUGUCCUGGCCUCUGCGGGUGGUGUCAGAAUACCGCACGGCGUACGUCCACUACCACGUGGAGAAGCUGUUCGGGGAGGACGAGGACGCCGGCGGAGGAGGAGGUGGAGGAGGGGGGCUGGGUGGAGGAGGAAGAGGCGAUGGGGUCGAGGGUGGAACGGAGAACGGAGCCCCCCCCGGAGGAAUCAGCAUUGGCCUGAACGGGACGAGCUACCGAGCCAUUUCCCGGGUCAACACGGUGGACAUGACGGAGCUGGAGUGGCACAUUCGCUGCAACCAGCAGAUGGUCCCCAGUUACUCGGAGGCCCUCCUUAUGGACCAGGAAACGAGCGGGGGUACAAACCCCACCGCCUCCACCCCCAUUUCUGGACCCCCGGGCAUCACCCCCACCCAGGCCACCAACCCGCCUUCUUUGGCUCUGCCUGUGAUGUUCAACUCGGCGUACCUGCUGCAGACCUGCCCCAGAUGCCGCAGGACCACGUCCAGCGCCAGCCUCCCCUCCCGCCUGAGGGCCCCCAUGGGAACCACGGCCCUCCUGAACGCCACGGUGGCAGGGAUCAGGGCCGGGGGGUCCGGAGGCGGGUCCAUCGGGGGACGCCUGGUGCUCAGCCGGAGCGGGUUCUCACUAGGGCGACUCGGAGGCGGGCGCCAGAACAGCCUGUUUCAUUCGAGGAGCAUGGGAGGAGGUUUGGCAGGAAGCAGGGAGGAAGGAGGAGGAAGCGGGGGAGGAGGGAGCAGUGGAGCCGGAGGGGGAGGGAGUGGCGGCGGCGGGGGGUUCCUGGGGUUAGGCUCCAGACAGAACAACGAGGAAACCAGAGGAGUGCUCGAGGGAGAAGGUGAGGAGGAGGAAGAGGAGGAGGAAGUGAGGAGGAGAGUAGAUGGGGGGAGACAGAGGGACGAGGAGGCGGAGCAAGAGAGUGGAGCGGGAGGAGAGGGGAGGGAGGGGGAGCGAGAUCGACCUCCGUCCUACCAGGACGCGUUCUUCUUCCCUGUGCUCAUCAUUCACGGCGAGGAGAGCUGCCAUGCAGGCGAUGACAUGUGAUGGAGACAAAGACACUCUCCUCAGGCGGGGGGGAGCUGAAGGAACGAGGACAGGGCUAUAUGAGGACUGGAGGGGGGCACAAAUGGAAACGGCAGCAAGGAAAGACGGGGAGAAAAUGUGACUCAUGCCGUCAGUUUGAGUAGAUCUGAUGGAGGGCAAACUUUGAAAAAAGAGAGUUUUAAAAAAUCCUGGCAGCUUUCAAUGCAUUUAGAUGUAGUGGAAAUGUGAAGGGGGGGGGGCAAAGACAGCAGCUUGGAGAAGCCAGAACCUGAAGGAAGGGUCAAAACGUUCCUCAAAGAGUUUGUAGAUCGUUUGGAUUGGAAGUGGAGUCCAACAAUCAGGUGGAAUAUUCAAAAAAACAUGUUUUUAAAGCAGGAAAGUAGAAAACGAAUUUUCAUCACAUCCCCCGAAAUAGAAAUAAAAAAAAUGAACGAUCAGACGGCGCCAUUAACGAGGGUAAACGCUGACUCGCCCUUUCCUGCACCAUCAGCGUCCACUCCAUCCAUUACUGUCAUGAAGAUGAUCAGAAUGACAGGAAAUUCCUCCCUCCGCUCUUUUUUUUCUCCUCUUCUCGUCUCCUUCCAUUCAUUUUCAUUCUAAGAAACUCAUUUGUUGCUUCUUCUAAAAACAAGUAAAUUAAACAGGAAGUGUGACGUAAAAAAAUAGAUUAAAACUGUCCUUCCAGCAUCAACCCGACAGUCCCCACAUGCCCAUUAUUGUUUUUGGAAGUUAAUAACAAUAAAAACGUUCUAAAAUGUUAAUAUAAUAAAAAAGUUCAUUUUAAUCGUAACAAAAACAAAAGAAUAAUAAGGAUUAGGACUCCAAAAUACUAUUAUGCUUUUAGCAGCAAAAGCGGCUGCAGCCUGUGACAUCUCAGAGUAAAACCCACUCACUUCUCCCCUUUUCACGUUAACAACAUGAAAAAAAGACGAUAAAACGGAGAGAAUGUCUUUGCGUGGCUGUCAUUCUAUCACGCGAGAUUUUCUUUGUCCGUAAUGACAACAAUUUAAGAUAAUACAGUGUUGUAUUUUGGCAACCUUUAUUUUAUUUUAUUGCACUUUAAUUUAGUCGCCGUUGUUGAGAAAAACAUCAAAUCUUUAAAUAGCUUGAACAGUCAUAAAGGAGGCAGAACUGUUACCCGGAACUGAUUUUAUAAAAUAUAUUUUAUUUGAAUGAUUUAACACUGAAUACUAGGUUUACAAUCUUGGAGCAACAAAUGUAGAAACAGGAGCUAAUCUAAAUAAAAUUAACUGUUGCUAUAUUGAACAUAAAGAGAAAGUGGCGUAAUUUUCGCACUUGUGGGAAAUGAUCGGGUUGCCAAUAGCGAUCGGGUAGGCGAUACAGGUCGAAUACUCUUUUUAAAUCCAAAAUUCAACUUAAUUUAUACAGCACUUCUCCUGCUUUAGAACACCUUAAAGGGCUUUACAUUAAUUAUAUAAGAAGUGUAACAACUCCUUUCACAACGAUUCGGUUCACAUCAUAAUUUGUGAUUGCCAAUAUGACUCAUAAAUAAUGUUGAUUCAUUUUGAACGAUUCAUCGACCUUGAAGGGUAACCAAACCCUAAAUCAACUUUUUUUUGGCUUUCUACCUCUGGAAAUGGGGGUUUAAAGUGCUGUCAUUGCCACAUUUUUGACAAUUUAAAAUAAACUUGUUUAAUUCAUGGAAAUAUAGUUAAAACCGUCUGUGUGCUGCCCCCUACAGGUUGAAUUGAGGUAUAAAAGUUGAAAAUUAUGAAUGUUCAAACCAUGUAAUUUCAGAAGUCUUUUCUGGCAUUCUGCAACAUGAAAUGUUGAGACGCACUAAAACCUCUAAAUACCUACAUAAUAUAUAUUGGAAGAAGCAUUAUCUCCAUGGCGAUUGAAAAAAACAAACAUUUCACUUAAGUUUUUGCUGACAUGUGAUGCUAAAUUAGGGUAAUUUGGAACUAAUUUGGUUCAAUGUAUAUUUGCAUCAAAAUCUUAAGGAGUUAAGGCAUGAAAAAUCGACCUUUAUGUCUGUAAAUCUGGUCUGCAUGGAAAACAACACCUACGCUAUUAUCCAAAAUGAAUACAUUAGAAUUAUAAUUGCUUAUAUAUUACAAAAAAUAGCUAAAUACAUUAAAUAAAUCCCCCUUUUGUCUGAUUAAAUAGAUCUGGGCUGGCUGUCUCAGGCUGCUGCCCCCUCCUUCUCUGUAGAAGCUAAAAAAAAACUGCUUGAUUCAAGGUUUACCAAAAGUUGCUCUUCCUUGUAGGAAUGCAUGAAAUUAAUCAGCUUUUGUAGAGCAGCGACGGCUGCAGCCAUGUCCCAUGCAGGCGGCGGGGGUUCAGGAGCGUCUUCAAAAACGUCUUUUUCUGAGAAGUCAGCUGAGGAAAAAAAGGCAGCUGGCACAGAAAGAAAAAAAAAAAUCUGCGCUUUGUUUUGUACUUCACGAAGCACAGGUGCGCUGCCGAAGGAGCGCUCGGAUCUCCUCUGCCUCUAAUGGGGGUGAAGCACACUGGAAACACAGACUGGUCUCUACCUGGAAGCAGGGACCUGAUGGACAUAUCCAACCUGAGGAGAAGCAAUUAGGAGGACGCUUUCUCUGGAAACUUCUGGAAAAGUAGAGCAUGACUGCUGACCCGGUUCCACGCUGGAGAACCUCACGCACACCCUGACACACAUUUACAUGCUCUCAAUCUGAUUGGUGGAUCUUCUGUAGCUUAUGGAGACAUCAGACUCAAGUGGGCACAUAGAAACUGAGGAGUUUAUCUGGACAAGCUGAAAAUGUGUUAGGAAAAGACUUUUUUUUUUUUUUUUUUUUAGUCUCCUGGUUUGUGGAUAAUUGUAUUUCAGACAAAAACAGAAAAGCACUAUUUGUUUACAAUUUCAUUUCCCCUUUUUUUAAUCCACCAAAAGGUUUUGCUAAUUGAAGUAUUUUAUUUCUUGAAUUUCUCGCUCCAGCAGUGGAAACUGUUUUUAUUGUCUUGUUUGCACAUUUUUUUUUUUACUUUUGCGUAUCUGUUUGUGAGCCAAGUGUACAACAGCCGGUGUAACGGUGUAUUUAUAUGCUGUUUUAAUAUUUCUGUCAAACGUGUGCCAGCCGCUUCAGGUGUGCCAAGAAAACCCGUCCGUGCCCAUGAUGUCUUACACACGCGUGCAGACCUGCUCACUUGCAUGUUUACUCGGAGCAGUAUAGCGGCCAUCAUAGCAGCUUGUGUUUGGGGGGGGGUCAUCUGUCAGACGUGCACAAACUCAGUGGAGUGGUUUCAAAAUGCUGCCUUUUUUAUCCCGUGUUGCCAACUCCUUUGCUUUGCAUUUCAGUUGAACAAACAGGAAGUGCUAACUCAAAUACACUCUCCUCCCUGAUCACAUGAUUGUUUUUACAUUCGCUUUGUCACAAGUUGGAGGGUUCAAAUCCCCCUAAAAGAAUGUUGGAAGACGUUGGGAUGUUUGGUGGAACCUGCCACUCUGUCUUUGUCCACUAGGUGGCGGCGAAGCCUUAUCUCUUGAGCCGACACAGACAUGUCUUAUCUGUUGGGAGAACACAGCUGCUCGUUUGACCUCCAGCAGCAUGUCACAGGUGUGCCUUCGCACACCUUUCACAACAGCUCUCUUAAACACAAGAUUGUGCGUUUGUCUCAUCCUUCUCCUCUAUCCGUGACUGAAUGUGGCUCAGAGCACCGUCGCUCAUAUUCUCGCUUCUGGUCGGACUUGUAUUUGUUGCUACGCAGCUUUUCUGAUGUCCUCAUCACAAGCAGCGGGAGCUUCGAUGGUUGACAUGUCAGCUCCCGUCAGAUGAAGAUUGCUUCACACUUUGCGACUGAGCCUUUAUCUAACCUGGCGAAACGAUAGACGAAAAAAAACGCGGGUUCGUGCGCAGAAUUUUUAUGACUUCUCCACCUUCCUGCCAUCACUUGACUGUAACAUGAGAUGCUUGAACAAAUAUGAUUGAUGUAUUGCUGUCAGUAGCUUUACUGUUUCUCCUGUGGCCACAGAGUUGGACAAACUCUUAAAAAAUAACUCCUGAAAUUGGUUUUACACAAACUAGCUGGUAAAAGAAAGACGGAUCUGUUGAUCAAACAGAAUCCUUUCAAGAAACUUAAAAUCUGUAGAUUCUCAUUUCAUUACCUGGAAAAAAGCACAUAAAGUAAAGGGUAGGUGUUUUUUUUUUGUUGCAAUGGUGUUCUUUGACAAUAACGAAAUCCUGAUUUCCUUACUAAAUGGUUAUAAAAUGCAAAUUGUGGGUUGCACCCAUUGCCAAGUUUUUGCCAUUGACUUGUGUUUUAAUGUGGUAGCUCCAAGUUCUGCUUUUAUAAACCCGAACAGAGCCUGAGCUUUAGGACGACCUCAAGCUUUUGUUUGGUACAUCUAAUUGGAUAUUGGAGUGAACUCUAAAAUGUCUUUGGAACACAGGAGAGAUUCCAUUUAACAGGAGAACUUGGAGACGGGAUUUAAGAGUCUAAAGAAGAUUGUACCCAAGUAUGUGGGUCACUCCCCCUGUCAGCACCUGGGUACCAAAGAUCGUCUUAUAUAGAUCCAAACUCAAGGUUUCCAGCACCGUACACCUGCACAGAUGGCAUCUAAAGAAGACUGAACUGAAGAAAGUGGGUUCCUCACUCUGUCACCACCUGGGUACCAAAGUCGUCGUAUACAUAUUCAAAGUCAAGGUUUCUAGUUCCAUAGAUCUGCUUGGACGCCGUCUAAAGAAGAUCUUAUCCAAGAAAAGGGUUGCUCACCCUUUCAGCACCUGGUACCAAAAGUCGUCUUAUACAGAUCCGAACUCAAGGUUUCCAGUACCAUAUUCCUGCUCAGAUGGCGUCUAGUGAAUACUGUACCCAAGAGAGUGGGCUCCACCCCCUGUAAGCACCUGAGUACCAGAGGUUCUCUUAUACAGACUCAAAGUCAAGAUUUCCAGUUUCAUAGAUCUGUUCUCACAGUUUCUAAAAAGACUGCACCCAAGAAAUCCGGUUCCUGACCUCACCCUGUCAGCACCUAGGUACCGAAGCUUGUCAUAUACAGAUUUAAAGUCGAGGUUUCUGGUGCAAUAGCUCUGCUCAGAUGGCCAAUCUCCACACUUGUUGGGCUGCCAGGAGACAUGAUUUAUAAUCAGUCCUGUUGUGUGUUAGACACAUGCAACUGAAAUGAGGAACAAUGUUUUAGACAGUUGGACCACAGAUGCUACGUCUUGGAUCAGCUUGUGCAGUUCGUGACCAACGUUGGCUGACUUGAGACAAAAGCUGGUGGAAGCGUGGGAUGACCAGGCUUCUGACCCGGAUUAGGAGGAGGCACCAAGCUGUUGUGACUAUGGAUGGUUCUCCCACACACCACUGAGGCUCCUGUGAACGAACAAGGAACUUCACAUUUAAUAUUUCAAACAAAUAAGAGUUGAGGUCAGAAAAGGCAGUUUGGCGUCAGUAGAGAGGAUUUAAACAUUUUUUUAGAGGUGAAACUCAUCUGGUGCUGUGCUGCAGUAUAAGGAUCAUUUCAAAGAACUGUUGCAACAAAAAAGUUGUCUACCAAACUCAAACUCUUGCAAUGUAUGAAUCUUAAAAUUCAGGAUGCAAAUCUCACAUCAGAUCUCUCUUACGAUAGUUACAUUCAUGAACUUCUCGACGAGCUGCAAUUGGCCAUACUGUUUUGUUUUUUACUUUUUGACUUGAAGCCAGUUUUCAGUUGUGAACACAGCAGUAGCUCUGCUGCGCCUUGUUCCCGAUGUGUUAGUAUCGGUGGCCUUUUUUUUCUGCACUUGAACAAUGAGCCUGUGUGGUGGUUCCAGUCGGCGGUCCUCUUAAGUGCACACGGAGGCGGUAAAUGAUGACUGUACUUCAGAACCACUGCUGAUUAUCACAUCACUGUCACAUGACUGUAAUGUGUCAAUAAAAGUCCAUUGGAGUAUAAAGCAUACCAUAAAUCUU